CCCUCCGCGCCGGGCGGCCCCGGGCGGCGGCGGCGGCGGCGCUGACAGCCCGCCCGGAGCACCGGGGGCGGCUGCGGCCACCAUGUCCUCCCCCAGCCCGGGCAAGAGGCGGAUGGACACCGACGUGGUCAAGCUUAUUGAGAGCAAACAUGAAGUCACAAUCUUAGGAGGACUCAAUGAAUUUGUUGUGAAGUUUUAUGGACCACAAGGAACACCAUAUGAAGGUGGAGUAUGGAAAGUUAGAGUCGACCUUCCUGAUAAAUACCCUUUCAAAUCCCCGUCUAUAGGAUUCAUGAAUAAAAUUUUCCAUCCCAACAUCGACGAAGCGUCAGGAACUGUAUGUCUAGAUGUAAUCAAUCAAACUUGGACAGCUCUCUACGAUCUCACCAAUAUAUUUGAAUCGUUUCUGCCCCAGCUGCUGGCCUAUCCUAACCCUAUAGAUCCUCUAAAUGGUGAUGCUGCAGCCAUGUACCUCCACCGACCAGAAGAGUACAAACAGAAAAUUAAAGAAUACAUUCAGAAAUAUGCAACAGAAGAAGCACUAAAAGAACAGGAAGAAGGCACCGGGGACAGCUCAUCUGAGAGCUCCAUGUCCGACUUCUCGGAAGAUGAGGCUCAGGAUAUGGAAUUGUAGUAGAAGAGGCAACCUGCUUUUCAGAGAGACUCUAAUUUCCUAACCAUGAGAAGCAGACUAUAAUAUUCAUAUUUAAACAAAGCAAUUUUUUUUAUUACUAAACAAGGUUUUUAUGAAUAAUAGCAUUGAUAUAUAUAUAUCACCCUUUAGAUCUUGAUUUUCUUGGUCAUUUCUCGAACCUGAGGUGCAUAGCAUAUUCCCACAUUCCAUUUUGGUAGCAAUAUGCAGCCUGAAUGCAUGCAUUCAAAUUCCAUUUGGCCAAGUCAACUUGUGUGCUACUGAACUGUCAGCUAAAACAGCUGCUCUGAUAGGUAGGGAGUUAGCAAAGGUGUUUGCUUUCUUAACAGUGUUUCCAAAGACACCAUCUUGGAUGCUAGUGUGGAACAGCGUUUUCUCAAAGUAACAAUCUGGGGGAUGAUAUACUAACUGUGUAGAUUAGGCAGUGAAAUAAAAGGUGCUCCUUCAGGUCAACCUUGCCGAUCAUAUUUUCUGUGGAGUUGCAUUAAAAAUCAAAACAAAAACACCCACAAAUGCAUGGAGCUAUUCAGAGCAUUGAAGCUUAAAAUUUUUGACUUGGAUUUUAAGUCCGUUUUUAUAUGUGGACUCCUGCCUGCCCUCUGAACUGUAGGGACUGACAACCACUGGUCUGUUUGCUUUUUGGGACUCUUGAAAGCCUUCAUCUGGAUGUUAUUCACUUUCUUGGUCUGGAUUAUGAGCUGUUCCCUUUUUCGGAGGAAAAAAACAAAAAAACAAUGCUGUCUAAGCAGUGCUUUGAUUUAGCUGGAGCACAUGUGAAGUCAAACUCCUACUUUGUCAUAGUUCUGAAACUGCUACCCUUUAAUGGCUUCAAGUUUGCUUUUUCUCUUGCUUGAAGUAUGGUUAAACAUCUCGCAAACACUCUCCAUCUCCUGAGAGGGGUCUCUGACCGGAUGGAUUAGCCUUGCUGAGAGCUUCAGAUCCACGAGGAUUGGCCCAUUGGCUGUAGUCCAUGAAUCCAUCGGCACUGAUUUUAUUUUCCUUUGUUUUUCCCCGUUCUGCACCAGCUUGGUAGCCAUCUGCUUGUGUGUGUACAACAGGAUUAAAAUUUCUUAAAGUUAACAGAGUAUGAUCUAGAAAAAAUUGAGAUGAAUAAAAAAAAACCUAAAAGCACCAAAUGAGGAA